AUGGAAGACCCCCUUGACAAACAGACGCCCGCAAGGCGCAUGUACUCGUUCCUGCUGUGGAACAAGUCCGUGCCCCCGCUGCCGUCGGACGAGGAGCGGCCCCAGUUCCCGUUCAGAAACACCAGUUUUUUAAGCAACCUCUUCUUUUCGUGGGUCCUCCCGAUACUGAGAGUCGGCUACAGAAGAACGCUCGAGCCCCAGGACCUCUUUGCCAUCCGCCGCGGGUCGCAUCUCGACGUCGAUGUGCGUGCCAAGACUUUUCUCACCAAAUUCACCGCCCGCAAGCGCAAGGCUGAACAAAAGUAUCUCAAGAAAAAUGGCAUCCCUGACACCCCACAUGCACGCAGGGCGCUUAUCACAGACCCUGACUUUUCGUACUCGUCGCUGCUAGUGCUCGCAUCGCUUUUUGAGACCUUUAAGUGGGAGUACACCCUCAGUGUGCUCUAUAAAAUAGGUGGAGACGUAGCAAUGGGCCUCAACCCGCUGCUGCUGCGUGCGCUGAUCGCCUACGUCCACCAAAAGGCGUCCGGCGUCCCUGUCAACAAUAGUGGGUACGGCUACUCGCUAGGGAUCACAGGGCUCGUGCUGGGCAUGGGCCUCUGUAUCGCGCACUAUUUCCACGACUCGGCGUUCGUGGGGUGCGAGGUCAAGGGGCUGCUGACAAAAGUGCUUCUCGACAAGUCGUUCCGGCUUGACAGACGCUCGCGCACUCAGUUCACGCCGUCAGCCAUCACCUCGCUGCUCGGCACAGACCUCUCCCGGAUCGAUCUGGCGGCCAGUUUCUUUGCUUACAUAAUCACGUUCCCGAUCGGCGUGGCUAUAACGCUGGUGCUGCUGUCCAUUUACAUGGGCGGGCCGGCGAUUGGUGGCGUCGGGUUUCUGAUUCUGGCCGCGUGCGGCAUCGUGUACAGUACGCGUCCCCUCAUGCGGCUGCGGCGCGGCAUUAACGUGCAUACCGACGCCCGUGUCAAGGCUGUCAAGGAGGUGCUCAACAGCAUGAAAAUCAUAAAGUUCUACUCGUGGGAGCCGGCGUAUUUGAAGCUGGUGUCGGCAAUUAGAGGCAGGGAGAUGUCGUACAUGUUGCACAUCCAGUUUCUGCGGAACCUUGUCACUGCGUUGGCCAUUUCUCUGCCGAGUGUGUCGUCGAUGAUUGGAUUUUUGUCUAUGUACGGCUACAAUGGGGGCAGUUUACGGAACGCUGCGAAUGUUUUUUCGUCCCUGGCACUGUUUAAUAUUCUGGUUGGCCACAUUGCGCUGAUGCCGCUGGCUUUGAGCUCCACUGCGGAUGCGUACGUUGCGUGCAAGCGGGUGCAGGCGUACCUGCUUUCCGCGGAGGAAGUGCCCGACGAAAAUUAUAUUUGCGUGGAGAAAGCCGCCGAGGCGGUGAGAGUGGUCGACGCGUCCUUCUCGUGGGACGAGCGUCUUGCGCCGGAUGCGUGUGACAAGGAGGCAGCCCUGGCGGAGAAGCACGCGGUGUCGCUGCGGCCUUCUCUGGGUCCGCUCACGUUCUCGCUCGCACACGGCGAAUUUGUCGUGGUGACCGGCCCCAUUGGCUCAGGCAAGUCGUCGCUGCUGUGCGCGCUGAGCGGGUUGAUGCCGCGGGUGACGGGCUGUAUCACUGUUGCCGGGCAGCUGCUGCUCUGUGCCCAGCCGUGGAUCCAGAACGCUACCGUGCGUAACAACAUCAUCUUCGGCUGUGAGCCAGACAAGCAGCUGUAUGCGGAAAUUGUGCGGGGCUGCGGGCUCGAGAGUGAUUUCGAGAUGCUGCCUGCUGGUGACCUCACGGAGAUUGGUGAGCGCGGCGUGAACCUGUCGGGCGGGCAAAAGGCGCGCAUCAACCUUGCGCGUGCCGUGUACUCGGUGCUGAGCAGAAACUUCAACAUUUUGCUGCUGGACGACGUGCUGAGUGCGGUGGACGCUAAAGUGGGGCGCCACAUCAUGGACGAGUGCAUUCUCGGGCUGCUCCGCGGCCGCACGCGGGUGCUCGCCACGCAUCAGCUGUCGUUGAUCCAGGCUGCAGACCGAAUCAUGUUUGUGAAUCCGGACGGCUCUGUCGACGUAGACACGCCGGAGCGGCUGCUGGCGAAGAACGGGCAUUUUUCCAAGCUGAUGGAGUUCCAGCAGGAGGGCACCAAGCAGGAAAAGCCAGAGUUGCCCGAUAUCGUGGCUGAGGACGAGGAGGACGAGGAGCUCAAGCUGGUGCAGAAACAAACGACGCAGCGCGAGUACGAAAAAGACCGCGGCCGUCUGAUUGAGCAGGAGCAUCGCGAAAAGGAUGCCAUCCCGAUGCACAUCGUGGUAUCGUAUUUCCGGUCUGGCUGCGGCCGGCUGGGCAUCACCGGCAUGUUUCCGAUGAUUUUCGCCAGCAUGGCGUGCUCCACGUUCUGCAUGCUCUUCCAGAACGUGUGGCUGUCGUUCUGGUCGACGCAGAAAUUCCCCGGCCGCUCCGACGGCUUUUACAUCGGGCUGUACGUGAUGUUCGCGCUGCUGUACGUGGUGUGCACCGCGUGGCAGUUCUGCAGCAUCGUGUACGUGACGAACCACGCGUCUGAGCGGCUCAACAUCCGCGCUCUGGAGCGCGUGCUGCGUGCGCCAAUGUCCUUCUUCGACACCACGCCGAUGGGCCGCAUUCUUAAUAGGUUCACUAAGGACACCGACGUGCUGGACAACGAGAUCUCGGAACAGUUCCGCCUCAUUCUUUUCGGCUUCUCCAACAUGGUGGGCAUUUAUAUUAUGUGCAUCAUCUACAUGCCGUACUUUGCCGUGUGCGUGCCGUUCAUCUUCCUGGCGGUGUCGAUGCUGUUUUCGUUCUACCAGGCGUCGGCGCGCGAGGUGAAGCGGAUCGAGGGGGUGCAGCGGUCGAUCGUCUAUGCCAACUUCGACGAGGUGCUACAGGGCAACGAGACUAUCAAGUUGUACAACUUGACGGGCAAGUUUGUGGACAAGAACAUCACGCUGAUCAAUAGAAUGAACGAGUCGUACUUCUUGGCCAACUCGCUUCAACGGUGGCUGGCUGUGUCGUUGCAUGGGUGUGCGGCCGGUAUGAACUUGCUCAUCUCGAUGCUUUGCGUGGGGCGCGCAUUCAAAAUCAGUGCCGCCAGCUCGGGACUUAUUAUUUCGUACCUCGUCAGCGUCAGCAUGCAGCUGAUCAACACGUCGCGGUCGAUGGGCCAGUUGGAGCAAAAUCUCAGCAGCGUCGAGCGGAUUGGCGAAUACGCGAUCGACCUGCCGCAGGAAGCCCCUGCAGAAAGCUCGGACCCGGCGAAAAAACCUCCCCCAUCUUGGCCCGAGCACGGCCAAAUCAAGUUCUCCCACGUAAGCCUGCGGUACCGUCCAAACCUGCCGCUCGUGCUCCAGGACCUCAACCUCGAGAUUGCGGCAGCAGAGAAAAUUGGCAUUUGCGGCCGCACAGGCGCAGGCAAGUCCACCAUAAUGACGGCACUGUACCGGCUGAGCGAGCCCGAGGGAGCGAUUGAGAUCGACGGCGUCAAUAUCCUCGACAUCGGCCUGCACGAGCUGCGCUCGCGACUGUCAAUUAUCCCACAGGACCCGGUGCUGUUCCGCGGCACGAUUCGCUUGAACCUAGACCCCUUCUCGCAGCUGUCUGACGACGUGCUGUACGGCGCGCUUGUGAAAUCGGGCUGCAUCUUGCCCGACGAGUUGCCCGAAGUCAAGCAGCAAACAGGACCAGACCUGCACAAGUUCCACCUGAACAGCGUGGUGGAGGACAAUGGCGCCAACUUCUCGCUCGGCCAACGCCAGAUGCUCGCGCUGACGAGAGCCAUUGUUCGGGACUGCAAAGUGUUGAUUCUAGACGAGGCCACAUCGAGCGUCGACUACGAGACCGACGCUCGCGUGCAAGCGACGAUCGUCCGUGAGUUUUCGCACUGCACGAUUCUGUGCAUUGCGCACCGGCUCAAGACGAUCGUCAACUACGACAAGAUCCUUGUCAUGGACAAGGGCCGCGUGGCGGAGUUUGGCACGCCGAUGGAGCUGUACCACGCGCGCGGAAUUUUCCGCUCCAUGUGCGACAAGAGCAGGAUCGGCGGCACCGAGAUCGAGCAGGCACAGGCUGCCAAAACCGCAUAA